CCGACCUGUGCAUCGAUUAGGGUGGGCUGCUCUAGACCCAUUAUCAUUCCUACAUAGCUCGCUAUCCCUCCUUCCUUCAUCCACUUGACAGUCAUAUUGUUGUGACUUGUGACAAAAGUCGCUACUUUACUUUCGUUGAUCAUUCGUUGUCUAUGUUACUAUUAUAACUCAUAUAAUUAGAAAUUUCAGGUUCUUCCCCUAUCCCAUAUGUCAAUGCUUUACAUCAUUGUUUGACUAUUUUCGAUCAUUUGACUAAAUGUAUCUAGUUGUUUCCUUUGAAACAAGUAUGUUGUUUCUAUUAUCUUUCCUUAAUUCAAGUCAUUGCUUGGAAACCAAAUUGGAUUUCAUAGUUACAAUAUCUAUGCCGAAAAAUAUGAUAAGCUAAACUAUUUUCUUAAGGCACAUGACAUCCAACAUCCCAUCACUCCAUACCAUACACCUAAAGUAUGACUCUAUUAGGUUAAGCGAAUUUCACAUCGACAAAGCACAAAAGUGAUCCAUGAGUUCUUAGAAACAACUCAACCUUAAUUGACAAGACACAUUUUGGAGUGAAGUGGAUGAGUUCUUGUAAGGAUUCUGAAAUUAAACUUGCUUAAGGUGGAGCAAUGCAUUUGGGGAGUUACCAUGAUCACCAUGAUGCACCCAAAAGCAAAAUGGUUCGAACUAGAUCCAAAAUGGACAAUAUUUUGGGCAGUAAAAGAUCACUUGGGAUGUUUCAAGUGGCAUCAGAGCUUCUCAACAUCCCUCUUAAAAUGAUGGUGGGACAAACCUCGCGAGAAUGUUGACUCCCUAAGGAGGGGGUGUAAUGUAACACCUCAGAUAAAUCCCAUAUCGACAAAAGCACGGCAUGAGAGAUCCAUGAGCUAUAUGGAACAAUCCUACCUUAUCUGACAAUACACGUUUUGUGGUGUAAGGGAUGAGUUCUUGUACGAAUUUUGAAGUUAAACAUGCUCAAAAUGAAACAACCCAAAAACAGGUGACCUCUCUGAAAAAUUGAAAAUCACAAUGAUGCACUCAAAAGUCAAACAUGCAUGUGUGACUAGAUCUAAAACAUAAAAUAUUUAUCCAAAACAUACAAUAUUUUGAUCAUAAAAGGAGUUAGAAUAUUACAACCAUGCUAUGGCUAGACAUUGUCAUAGUUACAAUGUAGAAACGAGGCUCAUACGAAAAGAGGGGUUUAGACUGCUAGUCUUUGAUCACCCAACAAUAAUAGAUUCAUUCAAAUCUAAUAAAUGGGGAAACGAUAAUGGUGAAAUGGGGCCAUUAACCUCAUACAAUAACUCGUGAUAAGAAAUUCAUUACCCUACCCUAGGUAAUUUCGACGGAUAUCCAUUGGUGUGAAUAUUUUUGCUAUCCCUAGACGUUAGUUAGGGUGAGGGAGAGAACUCUAUUGACAUUCACCUAUUAAUGAGGUACCAUUUGGUUAAGAGAAAAUAGUAUUGUUAUCAAAUUUAUAAUACACAUAAAAUUUGGUGACCAUUUGCUGAUUUCAUACAGGAGGAGUUCUUCUUCUUCAUACUACUGAAAAAACGAGUGCAGGGAAUGGAUUGAUUGGCCAGUUUGGGAGAAAGGAGGUGUUUCCCAGAUUCUCAAUUCGAUCAAACAAGAUGACAGCCAGCACGUUUCUUCUUGGCUUGUUUGCUGCCGCCAUUGUCAUCAUCCCGGCCUCAGUCGCCGGCAUCGCAGAGCAGCUGAUUUCUUCGGCGGCGGAACAACGGCAGGGCAGAGUUAUAGAUGUGCAAGAAGGAAGAGGUCCAGAGUCAGUCGUGUGGGUGGUUCAACUCUCCGAUCUUCACUUCAGCGUCCACAACCCUGAAAGGGCUCUUGAUUUCAUCAACAUCAUCGGCCCUGUUCUUAGAAUGAUCAACCCUUCUCUCGUCCUUAUCACCGGCGAUCUCACCGAUGGAAAAAGCAAGGACUUGUUGACAAUGAAACAGGACGAGAUUGAGUGGCUUGAAUACAAGUCUGCGAUGGAAGAUGUUGUGAAGAGGAGUGGGCUUGACAAGAACAUUUUCUAUGAUCUCAGAGGGAAUCACGAUAGUUUUGGAGUGCCUGUCGUUGGUGGGUCAUUCGAUUUCUUUUCAAACUACAGCAUUAAUGGGCAGCUGAAGAGAACAGGAAGGGUCAACAGUGUAACGCUUGAGACUGCAAAGUACAAGCAUCUAUUUGUUGGGCUGGAUACCACAAUGCCGAUCGGUUUACGAGGUCCGACUAAUCUCUUUGGGCACCCAACGGAUGAAUUACUGGCUGAACUAGACUCGCAACUUUCACAAUGGGAUUCUCAACCUGGCAAACCAGUUAUCAAGAUACCCUUUGGUCAUUUCCCGCUUUCAUUCUCUGCACUCUCACAGUCUCAAAGAAGCCUGGAAGAUAUUUUUCUCAAGCAUUCCGUGUCUGCUUAUCUAUGUGGUCAUCUUCAUACAAGGUUUGGUAAGAAUUUGAAAAGACAUCACCAAGUAAGUGAUAACAUUCGGUCCUUGCAGAAGUUGGUCCAGUUCAAUAUGCACCACUUGCCUUCAGACAGUUCAAUUAAUUGUUCAUUUGGAGCCACACCACCCAAUGAGUUCUGGGAGUGGGAGAUGGGUGACUGGAGGAGGAGCAGAGCAAUGCGUAUCGUGGCUAUUGAUAGAGGUCAUGUUUCAUACAUUGAUUUAGACUUUAAGGUUGGACUUAGGAAAACUAUUGUAAUUCCCACAUUUCCACUUGACUCUCGGUUCAUGUUAACAUCUUCAUCACGUCGAAAGUAUGAGUGUCAACAUAUGGUUCCUUCCUCUUUUGAGACGGUUAGGGCUCUUGUUUUUUCUGCUUCCCCAAUUUUAUCAGUGGUGGUCAGGAUUUAUGAUUCUAAACCUGGAACUUUUGAUAUGGUCAUGGAGACGGAAAUGACAAAGAUUUCUGGAGAAUCAUCCAGAGCUGAGUUUUAUGCUGCUCCAUGGAAUUAUAGGGCCUUUGAAGACCCAUCUCCUGACAGAUAUUGGCUGCAAAUAGAAGCGAUUGAUGCAAUGCAAAGAUCAACUGUCAGUGAAAUGAGGGCAUUUUCUAUUGAUGGCAUAACUGCUCAGACCUCAUGGACAUGGAAAGAAUUUUAUGUAAUGGGUUUUCAAUGGUCUGAACUAUAUUACCCGAUUCUGUGGUCAAUUGUGUCUUUGAUACUGUCCACUCUUCUAAUUCCGAAAGCUCUCCUCAUUUUCUCAAGGAAACAAUACACUUACAGAUAUUUCAUUGCGGGAAAAGGGUUCGUUAGAGGGAUACUAUGGGUUUUGCUAGAACUAUGCAGGCUUCCAGUUGUAUGGUCUGGCAUUUUGGGAUAUGUCAUCUACCUCAUAGUAUGCCCUUGGUUUUUGGGGCAAGUGUUUGUUCACAAUGAGAAGAGAGUGUACUUGACAUAUAUGGGAUGGGCUGUGGAAUCUUUUAAUCAGCAGGGAAAGCAUGAAUAUAUUGGAGUCCCAGAUGUGAUGGUGCUUGUUCUUCCCCAUCUUGUCUUUGUGAUUUUGCCCACGAUUUUUGUGACAGGAGGAUUCGUGGCUGAAAGAAGUAUUUACAGAGAACACGUUCUUUCCCUGUCAGGAAAGAAAGAAGACGAUGAUUGCAGUCAGAAAAUCAGAACAUCAAAAUGGUAUGGACGAAGGUGGAUCCGAAAGGUUCUCUUGGUGGUUGCCUUAGCAAUUUACUGGAAGCAUUUUAAGAGUUGCAGGUCUCUCAUGAAAGCUUUUGAGAUGAAUCCAUUGAUCCAUUUCCCAGUGUAUGCCCUUGCCAUUCCACUUCUGUUGGCCUAUACCAUUUACCAAACCCGGACAAUCUAAUUGAUGGAGACAGGGCAAGAAGGUGGUGCUGCGGCUUGCUUUCUUGACAAGCAAAUGAUUCUGAAAGGUCGUCUAUCUUUUCUUACCGGCCUCGUCAAUGCUCAAAUGCACCUCAAAUGUCAUAUGAACUUGUAAAUGAGCAUCCUAAACUGUCAUUUCUACAACAAGAAGAAAGCUUAGCAGCCUCAAGUUCUUACAAGGAUGCUUCAAGAAAAGGGGACCGGUUGGGGGCUUGGGGCACAUGAAGAGAGGUAUGGCCUUAAGUCGAUCUUGGCUUGCCCUAGCUGAAGAGUAGUUACUACUCCUAUAUAAUGUCUGCUGUUGCAGUUCUUUGUAGAAGAGAUGUAUUAUGGAGUUUUCUGAUUUUGUUUCCCUUUCUGAAUAGUUGAAGCUGAAACUACAAACUUGAGAAUUUUUUCCAAGGAAGAUAAUAUAUUCUUUUGUAUGAG